UUAAAUUUUUACUCAAAUAAAUCAUCAGAUAAUAAAAGUCGGAAAAUCCAAAAAGCUUCACAACCCUCAGCCAUGGCGGUCACUCUACAGUCUCAACUAAAACCUCUCAUUACGCACCUUUCUCUCUCCUCCCGCAACCCGAACCCGAAUCCACCACCAUUUUUCGUUUACUGUGGGCCAAGAGGAAACCGUGGGCCACUCGUAAAAGGCCGGGUUUUAAGCACCGAAGCAAUCCAAGCAGUCCAAGCCCUAAAACGGGCCCAAAGAUCAAACACCGCCACCAACAACGACUCCCAAUCCCUUAACAAAACUCUCUCACGUCUCAUAAAAUCCGACCUGCUUGCUACUCUACGGGAGCUUCUACGACAAGGCCACUGCGACCUCGCUUUAACAGUCUUCUCCACCGUCCGAUUAGAGCCCUGGUACAAGAUUGAUUUGUCUGUGUACGCUGAUUUGGUGUCUGCUUUGGAUAAGAAGGGAGGAAUGGGAGAAGAUAUUGACCGUUUGAUUAAGGAGCUUGAGUUGGAGAUUGACGGUGGUGAUGUGAUUGGUUGGAAUGAUAAGAAAGGGUUGAGUAGAUUGGUGAAGGUAUUGAUUGCAGCUGAGAGGAGAGAAUCAACGGUUAGGGUUUAUGGGGUUAUGAAGAAAUGUGGGUGGGGAUGUAGGGGAUUAGGAGUUGAAGUUGAUGAGUAUUUGGCUAAGGUUUUGAGUAAAGGGUUUAGAAAAUUUGGUGAGUUGGGUUUGGCCAAGCAAGUUGAUUUGGAUCUUGAUUUGUAUCUUAAAGCUUGUUUGGGCAAAGAUAUUGAUUAGAUUGUCUGUCGAUGAAACGACCACAAUUAAGACGUUUAUAUUCUCAUAAUAUGUAUGAGAUAUGCUAUUUAUCCAUGUAUGAAGCGCGUAUUAUUUCAUACAAUAAUUUGUGAUAGACUUUAUAGGAAGUGUUUUCUAAUGGAAAAAUUGAUGUGAAAAAGUUAAUUAGAUUAUACUUGUAAUUUGAUUAUCUUUAUGUAAUGUUAAUAAUAGUUGUUAUUUAUUAAUGGAAAAUAAACUCAAAAUUUUGGUA